AGCCAGUGCUGUAUUCCUAUUUUAGAAGUUCUUGCUCUUGGAGAGUUAGAACAGGUAAAGAGAUUGAUUAAGAAUUAUUUCUGAAGGUCGUCUUUGUUUGAAAAAUAAUAUCCAGGUGAUCUGAUAUCAAUGUAAGACCUGCCUUGACAUUUUAUUGCUAGUUAGUUUCGUAUCACACGGCAUUUAUGAAAAAUAAUAGAUAAAAAAUGACACAAAUUUAAGAACAUUGUAACUAUAAAUGUUACAAAGUUCUUUCCAUUAGAGUAGCUUUUUGGAUAUUACCCUGGACACUGACUACCAAUGGAUUUUGAAAUAAUAUGUGGUAGCAGCUCUUUUUUUAUAAUACUUUCCUCUUGCUUUUCAUAAAACAAUUCCACAGUAUUUAAUUGGCCUCACUUUCAAAAUGUCUUUUUUCUUAUUUUGCAAGAAUAUAGAAGGUACCAAAUUGUUUCAAUUGGCAUCAGAAGGUCACAAGGAAAGUCUAUGGAAACCAGGCGAUUUCCUGAAAAAGAAGCAAAUUUAUGUCAGAUCAGUAUCAAAAUUUUAAAUUUGCGUGCUUAAAAGAAACUUGUAUUACAAAUUUUAACUUUACAAUGAGUAAAAGACAGUUCUAAUAAUCUUUUUCAAAAUUGUUUUACUAGUCACUUCUGUGUAUUUUUUCAAAAGCUCUUGCACUUAAAGGCAUUGACUAUGAAACCCAUGCUGUUCACUUGUUGAAAGAUGGAGGUCAGCAGGUGUGUACUGCAUUGCUCUAAUUAAUGGGUAAUUAUUUCAUUUAUCAUGACUUAUACUUGCGAGGAAAUCAUCACAGCCCAAGCAUUUUUUAAUUAGUGCUCUUCCAGCCUUAAGAAGGGCUUGUUUAGUAGUGAAUAUCCUUUUGUUGGUGUUUUUGCUCAUUUCGUUUUUUUUAAAGAAAGUCUCCCUUUCAAACUAGAGGUGAUUGUACAAUAGGGACCAGACUGGGAGGGAUGACCUUAAUUUCUCAUCAAUUUACUGUAGCAGGCCUUGUGGAAAACACCAGGUCCCACUGUCAGUGGAUUUUAAUUAAGCAGCUUUUGCCAGUUGGUGAAUGAAAAUGAAUGUAUAAAUUAAUUGAUAAAUAUUUUUAUUUACUCUUUCUUCUUUUUUAACCACAGUUACAUUUUACUUAACUUUUUUCUUGGGCUUUCUGUCUUAGAUUUUCUGAAGAACCCUGUUUUUCUCUUACUCUUUACAACUUUUUGUAUCUAGUCAUAGGACAGGCAUGUGUAGAGUCACUUGCAAUAGGAAAAGUAACCCAAACUUAUCAUAGGCUUUAUACCUAGAUUGGAAAGCUGACUGUGCAUGCAUGUUCAUAAGCAUCCUUGGGUGACUUUAUUUAAAUUUUAAAGUUUAUGUUAAGUUCACUUCAUUUCUGUAUUUGACAUCUUAUUUUAGUGAAAAUUACUUCCCCCUGAUAUUUCUACCUAAUUUUGAAAACGUGUAAUGAGUCAUUUUUGCAGACCAAAUUUCCCACCAUCAUCUGUUUUAUGAUACUACAACUACAAACUAGUAGAAUUCUCUCUGUUUUUCUUUCACUUGAAUUUAAUAAUCCUAAUCAUGUGACGUUUAAAAAGAAUUUGUACAAUAUAGCAAAAUCCCAGCGAACUCUGAUAGUUGUGGCAGUAAAAUGUAAUCCUUAUGAAGAAAUUUUGUCCUGUAGCAAUCUGAGGAGUAUAAGAAGUUGAAUCCCAUGGGCCAAGUACCCGCUUUAGUGAUCGAUGGCCACACACUGGCAGAUUCUGUAAGUUUGUUAUUUGAAAUAACCUAUAAUAUAAUUGUUCUUACCUUUAACAUUAUGGUACCUUGCAAGCAGAGGUUUCAUAUCUCUCUUGCAUGGCUUUUAGCAUUAAUGAAGUGGUCUGCAUUGCUUGUAAGUCACGCAGUUGAAAAGCCACGUAAACGACUUCAUAAUGCUAUUAAAGAGCCAUGCAAGAGAGAAACCUCUGCUCUCGGGGUAACAUUAUGGAUUCCAAGGAAGACAUUUAGGGAAGAAUUUCUGAGCCAGAGAUCUGUAUAGAUACAGUUGGACCUCUCCACAAUGGGCACCUUGGGACAGAAGAAAGUGGUCAUUGUACAGAGGUGGCGGUUGUGGAGAGGUGGCCGUUAUUGGAGGUUUGACUAUUAUGUGACUGUGCAAGUGAGCUAGUACUAGGAGUUGAAUGGUAAUAAUAUUAUCUGUUUUUGUUCCUUGCAGCUUAGUAUAAUAGAAUAUCUGGAUGAGACAAGACCUGAUCCUCCACUUUUGCCCAAGGAUGAUCCUCACAAGAGAGCAUUGGUAUGUUUCAUUUUUUCCUUCAUUUUAUUAUAUUAACCAGUGCUGAUUGAGUUUGAAAGUGUGUUACAUGUAUCUUUGGAAUUGCUCAAUUUUAUGCCCAUUCAUACCUGCUAAUCAGGUAAAUCUUAAUUAUUGCUGACGAAUGAUCCAUUACUCUGAAAAUAAUUUAUAAGGCCAUAAUUUUAUUAGCCUAGCAGCAAAAAAAAGCAUCUCAUCUUUUCUGGCUAAAUAUAGUGGCACUCAAAUAACAUUAUUUAUUUAUUUAUUUAUUUAUUCAAUUAUUAAUAAUUUAUUUAGUUAGUUUAAUAUUUAUAUAAUGGUAUUAUUGUCUUUUCAUCUUGACUUAUUGUACAUGUAUCUUCCAGGUACGGCAAGUAAGUUACACAAUAGCUAGUGGAAUUCAGCCAAUUCAGAAUCUGUCUGUCUUAAAGUAUGUUGGUGAUGAGAAAAAGGCAGAGUGGGGACAUCACUGGAUAAACAAAGGAUUUCAUAGUAAGUUUAUUGUGGGAGUGUUUCGAAAGUCAGGUACUCAAAAGAUGCUUUGUACUUUGUUUCUCAUUUUGCUUGACUGUGCUCAUAUAAAAGAGAACAGAACUUCUCAUGCCAAGCAUUCAGCUCAAGGAUUCCAGAAUCCCGCUACUGAUUGGAAUCUGGAAUCCAAGUUCCACUGACAGGAAUUCAUUAUUCAGCUCCUGGAAUCCGGAAUCCACGGGGUGUAAUCUAGAAUCCAGGACUGUCUUGGUUUACCUUAAGUACAUGAAGAGAUACCAAGAAUAUUGAUUAUAAAACCAGCAUAUGUACGGUCAUCAAAUGUAAAACAAUAAAAUGUCACGAUUGUGAUACCCUAAAUAUAUCCCACUCGUUCAGUACAAAAUUUUGUGGGAAACCCGAGUUUUUCGGUGAGAAAUAGCAUGUUGAAUUUCUAAAAAAAAAACGUUCGGGCCCGCCAGUCACUUUAGUAUUUACUGAAGGUAGGUUAAUAUUUAACUUGUGCCGUACACACUGCAGUUUUUUCUGUUUGUUUCCUCUGUUUCACAAACGUUGAUGUGAACUGCCUUUUGACUGAUUAUUUGUCCUUACCUACAUCAGUGUGUAUUGUGUACUAGUGAGAACCAGAGUUUAAUAUUUGUGGGGAAAGGUUAUAAAAUACAGAUUUGGAAAAAAUCAAUACAGUGGAACUUCUCCUUUGGGACACCUCUAUUUAAGGGACACCUCCAUGCAGGGGACACCAAUUUUGAUCCGGGAAAAAUGUGACACAUAAUCUUUGUUACCUCUAUUGAAGCCUGGACACUUUUUCUGGGUCCUGAAACCCAGACUCCAUUCAGGGAAGCCUUAGUACUGAAAAAGCACCACAAGUUUGCUGAUAAGUUUAAAAUUAAGUGUGCACUAGUCACAAUGGCGACAACUCAUGAACUAUCUAACUGAAAUUGAUAUACUGCACUUGUGGGAAUUCAACACACAACAUCACAGAGACAAGUUAAGCAUGAUUAUUUUUUUUAUACAGUCAUUAUCUAGCUGCUUGAAAUUAUGACUGUAGCAGAUUCCGAGGUAGAAUUGGAGAAAAAUAUUUUAUUUCUUGGUUAACUGUUAACAAACCCCAGCCCAACCUCCAUUCAGGGAAUACUUUCCUUGGUCUCAAGGGUGUCCCCUGAAUAAAGGUUCCACUGUAAAUGGUCUAUUCACUGAAUAGUAACUGUUCCUUUCCAGACUUAGAGAAGAUCUUGGAGAGUACUUCGGGAAAGUAUUGUGUUGGAGACGAGGUAGGUUAAUGAGUAAUUUAAUUUAAGAUCGUGAUGUUUCUUGAUGAGUAGUUUGAAAGUUUUUACCUUCCUCCAGUUCCGAUUUAGACGGUCGUCUAAAAUAAUUAUAUAGCUGGUAGUUAAUUCGAUAUUGUCAGCAAGGCGAUUAAUUUCUAAAAACUGUCCAAUGGAUUAAUGUGGUUACUUUCAGAUAGGACUUUUCUUAAAAAAUAAUUUAUUUAAAGUGAAACAGCAGACUUCAAAAUAGCCCGUAUUAUCGCGUAGGUGUUAAGAACGUGGGAGUGGUCAAAGAAAAGUCCUGGAGCGAGGGUGAAAACAAAGUCUGAGACUGGGGAUAGACGCGAAAAAUAUGUUUUUUUUCUCUUCCUUUUUUCUCUAGCCUAGCCUAGCGCGUGUGAGGCUCGCGCGCUUCGCGCGAAAAUCUCACUCGGUCGCCGUAACAAACCGAUUACAAAAAAAAAAACACUGUUUUACAGUCCAGCAAAGUAUUACCACUAUGCAAAAAUAUAAAUCAUGUUACCCACAAAGAGGUGUCAUUACGUUAACAUAGUUAGAUUUUUGUCUGACCAACAGAGAAAAAACUUUACGAAGACAGGAAUUCCGGCAGCCGUAUGAUCGAGGAUGUGUUGCUAAUAGCAGGUCCGUUUUAGAUCGCUCUUGACUUUUCUUGUUUUGUUUUAUUGCAGAUAUCAAUGGCUGACUUAUGUCUCGUCCCUCAAGUUUUCAAUGCAAAUAGGUAGAUAUUUUUAGACUUGAUCAAGAAAUAAGAACGGCAAAGGGAUAAUUUAAUGAACGGGAUAUACAUUCUUCUCCCUAAAUCGGUUCAUUCUUCCAUUAAUUGCGUUCGCUUCAGUCGUGUUUAAUCCUAUUUGAACGUUCAUAAAAUACUUAACCCAUUCGCCCCUGAACCACCCUUAACCACCCGUGCGGAUUCAAGUCCGUUCUACCGCUUGUGACGUCAUCAGUUUUAACGAUGGAUAACAACACUGUCCUCUAAUUUGUGCUGGUAGAAGAGAUCUUUCAAACCAUACUAGAAUGAGCACGAUUCAGUAAAGGACACCAGAGAAAAAGGCAAAAAACCAUGUAACAUUGACCCAAAAAUUACCAUGAAAAUCUUGUUUCACUACCCAUCUAGCUUUCCUUUCAUCUAAUCCUAAAAUCGUCAAAGCUUUUCCCAGAACUUUUCCAACCAAAAUGAAGCCUUCUAAAUGCCCAGUAAAGGAAAAAAUGAGGCGAGAAAAGCGAGGGAGGAAAUUUUGCUUCCUGCGCAUAGCCGAACUUCGCAAGCUAAUAUGUUGCAUCGUGAUCAGAAGGUCGCGAAGUGUAUAGCCUGUUCCAGGCUCUCAGAUAGUGGAGAAGAUGCGAAAGAGUGGGGAAGACGCGAAAGAGGAAGGUACGCAAAAAGAUGGCGGAACAGGAAAAAAGAAAAAGGAAAAAAAGCCCUUUCCUUCCGUUUUUUUUUCUUUUUUCAUGUUCGCGCUUUCUCAGUGCAGCGGACCCGAAUAUAUCGGAGCCUGGACAGGCUGUACGACCUUUAGCUCUUUAUAGCCAGACAGUGACUAGAAAACCGGUCGACUAGCUCCAAAGGUAUUGUCGGCAAAAUCCCCACGGGCGUGUGGGUUAAGUUUCUUUCACUGAAGAUUUACAUGCAUUAACUUAGUUUUAUUUGAGUUUCAUUCGAUAGCCAAAUGAUUGGAACUUUGUAAAAUUCGCACUAAAUUAACUGUGAUUUCAACUGUAUUUGUUUGGCUCACUUAACGCGCUUAAAUCUCAUCGAGAAUUGCAGCAAAGGCUGCCUGGCUCAAACGGCAAGCUCUUGACUUUGUUUGCUUCUAUCUUUCCAUCUUUCAUUCUAACUGAGCUAACACAUGUUUUCUGUCUACAGGUUUAAAGUUGACAUGUCUCAAUUUCCAGUGAUAUCACGAAUUGACGAGUCUUUGUCUGAACUGGAGGCCUUCAAGGCAGCGCACCCUUCCCAACAACCGGACUGUCCCGAAGACUUGAGGAAGUGAUAAUGAUCCGCUUACUGAAUUUUUUAAUGGCAACUGUUCUUUCAGCUAUAAAAGAGUUACCAAAAGACAGAAACAUGAAAUAAAAUUGUACCACC